CAAGAAUUGAUAUAAAACAUUAUCCUAAUUUAAAAGUCUCAACUCUUUUUUGUUCGUUUGAUACAUUUUUUUUUUAAGAGAGCAAGACUAUGGGAAGUGUACAGUUGAAUGGUUCUGGCUUAGUAGCUUCUCUAUCUCCAAGUCAUCAUAUCUUUAGCCCCAAAAUAAAACUUAGUAACCCCAAGUCGUCCUUCUUACCCUCAAAACACAAUGCCACCAGAGCCAACACUAUCCGAGCCAUAAGCACCGCACCAGCGAGCCAGCCUCCAGCCGCAGAUGAGCCAAAUGACGAACCUCCUGCUGUCGAUUUUGCGUUCGUCCAUUCGGUGUUGUUACCGGACGGGACACCGGACGUGCAUUGGAGAAGAGCGUGCGGUGGACAGAAACUUAGAGACAUAAUGUUGGAUUCUAACAUCGAACUUUAUGGUCCUUACAGUAAGCCCUUGUCAAACUGCGCAGGAGUAGGAACCUGCGCUACUUGUAUGGUCGAGAUUGUAAAUGGAAAGGAGCAUCUCAAUCCACGAACUGACAUUGAAAAGGAGAAACUCAAAAGGAAGCCAAAAAAUUGGAGAUUAGCUUGUCAAACCAACGUGGGAAAUCCAGAUUCAACCGGAUUGGUUGUCAUACAACAAUUGCCAGAGUGGAAAGCUCAUGAAUGGAAUAUCCCUAAGAACUUACCUAUUGAUGAUCCCGAAACUUCUAUUUGAAACGAUCCAUUUGUUAUUGUCUAUAUCAUGUAACUAUAACGAUGGAGUUUUUAAUCUAUAUCGAUAUUUAACCCU